AUGUCGAACCACCACGAGAACACUUGGUCGAACGUCUGCGAUGAAGCGUUUCGCGUGCCAUCUUGUGGUCACCUGUCUCGACCAUACCCGCCAAAGCCGUUUGCAGUGAAGGAACUCGCGCACAUAGAAGUCGAAACUGCGUCUGCAAGAUCCACGCCAAAGUCCAAGAAGCACGAUCAUCGCGGCGUGUUCAUCAGGGACAGUAUUAUUGGCUUUGCAGAUGGCCUAACAGUGCCGUUCGCGCUGACAGCCGGCCUGUCCUCACUCGGAUCGUCGAAAGUUGUCAUCCUCGGUGGCUUGGCAGAGCUCUUCGCAGGCUCGAUCUCGAUGGGUCUGGGUGCGUAUCUUGCUGCAAUUACCGAGCGCAAACACUUCGAGGUCGAGGAGAAGAGGGAGCGCAGGAAGACCAGAGAGUGUCCGGAAGCUGAGGAGCAGGAAAUUCAUGAUAUCCUUGGCCAGUAUGGAAUCUCAAGGAAUGCGUCCAAAGGUGUUCUUGCUGAUUUGAAGAUGAACGAAGACAUGUGGGUCUAUUUCAUCAUGGAGAUGCAGCUGAAGUUAUCCAAGCCCUGUGCCAAGAUGGCGCCACUGGAGGGUGUGAUCAUGGGUGCUUCUUAUUUCCUGGGCGGUCUCCUGCCCAUGGUGCCGUACUUCGCCAUUCGCAACGUCAGCCAUGCACUAUUCGCAUCCAUAGGCAUUACUGCUGCCAUCCUGGUCGUCUUCGGCUAUACCAAAGCCCUCAUCACCGGCACCACGCAUCGCGAUGCAGCUUGGAGUGCCGUUCAGACCUUGACGAUCGGUGCCUUGGCAGCGGCAGUGUCUUAUGGCAUCGUCCACGGCAUGAACGAGUCGAAGAUGAUCUGA